AUGAAAGACAAUGAUUUGAUUGUGACCGAGAUUUUCACAACCGAUAUAGAUAUCAGUUUACGCAUUGCUCUAGCUGUUGAAUCAAGUGUUGUCAAAGGCACAAAAUAUAUUGCAAUAACAUCUCAGAAAUUUGUCAGUGUUAGAAACUAUGGAUGGUCUAAUGCCUUUUCUGGCAAACUGCCACCUGAACUUUCAAAAUUAGGCUCGUUGCAAGUCCUCGACCUUUCGAGAAAUGACUUGACUGGAAGCAUUCCAGCAAGCUUGGGUGAUCUGAAAGCUAUAGCCGAAGCGCAGAAGAAAAAUAUGUACUUACUGUAUGGAUAUUAUGAAGGUCACUACUAUGAAGAAAGUUUGAAUGUGUAUAUAAAAGACCAAAGACUAAAGUAUACCAAGACACUUUCCCUUGUUACUGGCAUAGACCUUUCUAAUAAUAACUUCACAGGAAAUAUUCCCAAUGGAAUUACAAAACUAUCUGGUUUGGUGGUUCUCAACUUGUCAAGAAACCGUAUAACCGGACAAAUUCCGGAAACCAAAUCAAAUUUGCAUCAACUAUCAUCUUUUGAUCUCUCCAAUUCCUUUAAGUUUGCCUUCCUUGACAUUUUGGGGGGGCCUAAACUUGUCCGACAACCACCUCUUGGGUGCUAUACCUUACACGGGUAA